AGAUCGGAUAGAUCGAAGCAAACUAGGUCCACUGAUAAAUUAGCUACAGCGAGAUCAAUCAAAAGCGUGAAAUCAAAAGAAGGGAUUAGUCGUAGCGGUGUAACAAGUAAGACGAAGGAAAAUGUCGACGUACUUUUAGCAGAAAGUAACGAAUCCACGAUGGAAAUACUGAGAAAUGAAAGAAGAAAGAAGAUUGUGUUGGACUUCAACGAAUUUCCACCUCCGAGAUCGGAGAAGAAAAGCAACGUUCACUCUGAUCUAUCGAACGUCGCGGAACCUGGAUUUUAUUUGUCACCUAUCGAAGAGAACAGUGAAGCUUCGACCGGAAGUGGACACAGUAAAACGAUUCACGAGCACUACGGAGGUGGAAAAAUGAUGGAAAGUACGUUGGAGUACGAUCACGCGAGGAAAUAUCACACUUAUCCAAAAUCCAGGAUUCCAGUGGCAAGAUGGUCGAAGGAGCGUCGAUUUGGUCAUUUGAUGAUGGAUCCAAAGAUGUACCCCUUGGAACCGAGGGAAAUCGAUCUGGAAGCUUUUCAACAGUUGCACACGGCAGACAGUCAAGAGGAAUUGCAGGAAUUUUUAUUGUUGGAAAGUCAGUGCAGUGGAAACCUUGGUUUAGCUGGAAACAUGUCGACUUCCGAGGUAUCGUGUAGCGAGCACCAUAGCGAAGAUGAGAGAGGCACCAUGUCAGAUUACUGACAUCGGAGUCACGCGAGUCGCACAAUCACCAAUCAAGAGAUCAGCUACGUUUUAUUUACAGCCACG